AUGACCGGCGGCGGCGUACGGAAGAAGAGUGGGAUCACCAAGCUGCUGGUGCUCUUGCUGUUUUUCGCGAGCGCCAUCGUGGCGCUGCUCGUCGGCGGCAACGGCUGCUGCGUCAUCGUCCAAGUGGCAGUGCUGCCACGGAUCAUUCCAGUUUCCCUUCGGGGAGCUCCUCCUACCGAUAGCCAUCCAAGUGGCGAGAUCCCUACGACGUCCACGGGAGUAGCAUCAUCAUCAGCUCAUGGUCGUCAGGAGUCAGAGGCAGAAGCAGCCUCCGAGGAGGAGGAGGAGCUCCCUGCUAGACCGUACGCGGCGGACAGCAACUGGGACAUCCAGUGGGAGAGCGUCGCCAGGAGCCUCUCGUCAUACAGCGUUAACGACACUGGCAGCGGCAUCGUCAGAGUGGGCCUGCUCAACUUCAACUCGUCGGAGGUGGCGCGCUGGAGGAGCACGUUGCCGACCGCCGACGUCCGGGCGGUGAGCCUGGCGCCUGCCGCGGGCGACGUCACCUGGAAAGCCCUCUACCCGAACUGGAUCGACGAGGACAGCAACAGAAACAACUGCCCCUCCCUCCCCGACCCCGAUCCGCCGCUGCGUGAAUAUUACGAUCUCGUCGCCGUCAAGCUCCCCUGCCGCCGCCAAGGCUGGUAUAGGGACGUGCGCAGGCUCCACCUCCAGCUCUCCGCCGCCAAGCUCGCCCUCCACGGAAGCAGCUCGAGUGUUCCUAAGGCUGGCAUGGUGUUGAUCCUGAGCGAGCCCAAGUGCCUCCCACUGCCCAACCUCUUCCCCUGCAAGCAACUCCUCGCGCGCCAUGCCCACGCCUGGCUCUACCGCCCCGACGCCGCCUACCUCCGCGAUCGCCUCAACCUGCCCGUCGGCUCCUGCCAGCUCGCCGUCCCUUCUCUCCGGCCGCAGCCGUCACCUGGACAACCGGGUGAGGCGCCAAGAUCAGGGAUCGGCAGGCAGGCCUACGCCACCGUGCUGCACUCCGCCGACGCCUACGUCUGCGGCGCCAUCGCGCUGGCGCAGAGCAUCCGGCAGACGGGGUCGACGCGCGACCUGGUGGCAUUGGUGGACGCGCAGAACGUGGGCGCCGAGCAGCGCGCCGCUCUCGCGACGGCGGGCUGGCAGGUGCGCCCGGCCCCGCGCAUCCGCAACCCGCGCGCGGCGCGCGACGCCUACAACGAGUGGAACUACAGUAAGUUCCGGCUGUGGCAGCUGACCAACUACGACAAGGUGGUAUUCCUGGACGCCGACCUGCUGGUGCUGCGCAGCAUGGACUUCCUGUUCGAGGAGGCGCUGGAACUGAGCGCGACGGUCAACAGCGGCGCGCGCUUCAACUCGGGCGUGAUGGUGCUGGAGCCGUGCAACUGCACCUUCGAGCUGCUCAUGGCGGGCAUCCACGACAUCGACUCCUACAACGGCGGCGACCAGGGGUACCUGAACGAGGUGUUCCCGUGGUGGCACCGCCUGCCGCGCCGCGCCAACCUUCUCAAGUACGCCUGGGACGAAGGGGACCGGGCGGCGCAGGCGCGGGUGCUGGGAGCGGAGCCGGCGGAGGUGCACGCGGUGCACUACCUGGGCAUCAAGCCUUGGCUGUGCUACCGCGACUACGACUGCAACUGGAACGUGGCGGCGCUGCGGCGGUUCGCGAGCGACGAGGCGCACGCGCGGUGGUGGGCGGUGCACGACCGGAUCGAGCCCGCGGAGCUGAGGGACCGGUUCUGCGCGCUGCCAGAGGGCCAGGUGGCGAUGCUGGAGCAGCACAGGAGGGAAGCGGCCACGGUCAAUGCGUCGGACGGCCACUGGAACCGCACAAUCACCGAUCCGCGCCGCCUCAUCAAAGGCCAUUACCAGCACUAG